CUGUUUAGACCAAGUAACCAAACGUGCUAGCGUGAUAUUUUGAUGUAAAAAAAAAACACAAAUAAUGGCUAUGGAAAACAAAAACACGCAAAAUCUAGAUUGCGGAUGUGAUCCUUACCUUCUUUCCUUGAUAGAAACUCCCCAGGAACAGCAACCAGUAGCAAAAAAAUCAAAUAGAUCUACAGGUCUUUUACUGGCGUCCAUUACCGGAGGAGCCGCUAUUGCGCUAAGUGUUGUUUGUUUCCCUUUCGUUGCGCCUGCCUUAAGACGAGUGGUGCUUCCAUACGUUCCAGCAAGUACACAGCAAGUUGAGAAUGUCAUGAAAGCCCUCUCCAAAAACAGUACUGGAGGGAAGAAAUUGAUUGAUCUUGGCAGCGGAGAUGGGCGAAUAGUUUUGGCUGCUGGUCAAAGAGGCUUUCAAAGUCAUGGAGUUGAAUUGAAUACCGUCCUUGUUUUGUAUUCCAAAUUAGCUGCCUGGAGGCAAAGAAUUAAAAAUGCAACUUUCAGCAGACAGGACUUAUUCAAAGUGGACUACACUAAAUACAACAACAUUGUCAUUUUUGGUGUAGAAGAAAUGAUGCCAGAAUUGGAAGCUCUUUUCGAAAAAUCUUUGGCAUCUUCCAGUCAAGUUAUUGCCUGCCGUUUUCCUUUGCCAAAUUGGAAACCGUCCCAUGUGAUUGGCGAAGGCAUAGAUACAGUAUGGGUGUAUGAAGUGUAGUAAAUAGUCAGGCCCAAACAAAGUCUAGUGUAUUUAUAACAAACAAAUAAAAACCCUCUAUUCAAUAGA